AUGGCGACUCCCAAAGCAUCUCCCACCCCUCUCACCAACGGGGCUUCCUCCGGCCGUCCCUCUCUCUCGCUCCAGCACAACCACACCCUCAAGGUUAUCAACGUCGGCCUGCCCCGGACAGGCACCACGUCCGUGGGCGCGGCGCUGUCCAUCCUCCUGAACGGGCCAGUCGUCGACGGCGGGGCGCUCGCAUGGAUGGGCAGCGCGCGUCAGCAACGUCUACUUCUCGAGGUGAUUCGGCCGUGCCCACUGCGCACGCUGGUGGACCGCACCUUCGCCAUGUACAGCCUGGCGCGGCUGACCGAAGGCUGCGUCGCGGCGACGGACGUGCCGUUCUGCUACUUUGUCGAGGAGCUGCUGCAGCUGUACCCGCGCGCGACGGUCGUGUGCACGCGGCGCGAGCGCGAGUCGUGGUGGCUGAGCUACAAGAAUCUGUGGUGGCGCAUCGACGACCUCGCCGCGCUGGGCUGGGUGUCGCCGACGCUGCGGCGCUUCCUCGAUAUCCAGUACGGCUUUCUCUUCAGGCGCACGCCGCAGGCUGUGGGCAUCACGGAGGGGGAGGUCGAGGUGGUGGAUGGGAACCGGGAUUGGCUGUAUGAUGCGCAUGAGGCGUAUGUGCGCAGGGUGGUGCCGGAGGGGCAGCUGCACUUUGUUGAUGUCAGGGAUGGGUGGAAGCCGCUGUGCGAUAUACUGGGGCUGCCGGUUCCUGAAGUUGAGUUUCCGCGCGAGAAUACGAGGCAGAGAAUGGAUCCGUUCCAGGUUGUGGUGAAGCGGAGGUUCAUCAUCCGCGGAGUGUUGCUCGUCUCCGUUGGACUGGGUGCCUGCGGGGGACUGGUGUAUUUGUUACGCCGUGCGCUGGGGGGAUAUGCUCGGAAAUUAUGGUAA